CCAUUGUGAAAUAGGCUUUACGUCUUUUUUCAUGCAGAUGAUUGGGUCGUUACCUACCCUCUGAUGUCAUCAACGUGCGACUUUACAAGUAGUUUUCGAACAGGGGAAGCUAACAUUCGUGUGAAAGGUAUGCCAAUGUGAUCAUGGCCAGCAGGCAGUGGUGUGAGGGUCACUCCACCCCAGUGCUGUGUGUGGGGGCCUCUGGGGGUCCGGAGGGUCUCCUAGCCUCUGGCUCAGAGGAGGGUGAGGUAACAGUGUGGAACCAGGAGGGAGCGGUGUUAGCUCGUCUCCGUCUGCCCAGCGGGGAUGAUGUGACCAGCGCUGUGUUCUCGCCGGCGGCUCCAGGCCUGUUGUAUGUGUCCCACGGGGAGACGGUGAGCGUAUUGGACCCUAGGAGCCUAAAGGGGGCGGUAGAGGAGCUACAGGGUGCGGGAGAGGAGGAGAUCAACUCUCUGGCUCUGAAUGAGACAGGCUCAGCUCUGGCUGUGGCUGAUGACUCAGGGGUGGUGAGGGUGCUAGGGCUGCCGGGGGGUCAAGUAAACAGGACGCUCCGCAGACACACCAACAUCGUCUCAUCUGUGGCUUUCCGCCCUCUCAGGCCCAACAACUUGGUCUCAGCCGGGCUCGACAUGCAGGUGAUGUUGUGGAGCCUACAGAAGACACGCCCCGUCUGGACCCUCAACCUGCAGGAAGUGGCUGAGGAAGAGGAGGCCCAUCAGCACAAAGCCGGUCAGCUCUUCAACCCACCUCUGGCCCACUGCGUCUCUGUAGCAACCUGCGGGAACGUUUUGGCCUGCGCCGCCGAGGACGGACGUGUGCACCUGAUGCGGGUCGGCAGUGGCUCCAAACUGGACCGGCAGGGGGCCAUCAAGGCCCACAGCCAGGGAGCCUCGCAGGCCCACUUCCUCAGCUUCUUAUCCCACCCAUACUGGCUGGCUACUGGGGGCAACGACGGCAUGGUGGCCCUCUGGGACCUCAGUCAGAACCCGGUAGUUACUGUUGAGGAUAAGGGCAAGCCACAGGCAGCGCCAGUCCACCGCAGGAGACACAAUGCCAGGGCUAAAGCCAAACUCCAGGCCCAGGCCAAGCCCCAGCAGGCAAAAGAGGAGACUAAGGAGAGGGAGGAGGUGGAGGAGGGCAGCAGUGUAUAUCAGUCACCAGGCACAGAGGAGGCCCUGAAGUCAGGACCUAAACUCAGCUUCAGCCAUGGGGACAAGGUGAACUGGGUGUGUCCCACUCUGCUGAGAGGGGAGCCCAGCUUGGUGGUAGCUGACCAGAGCCCUAACCUGUCUGUCUACUCUUUGGCUGGUCUAUAGACCUAACCUGUCUGUCUACUCUUUGGCUGGUCUAUAGACCUAACCUGUCUGUCUACUCUCUGGCUGGUCUAUUGACCUAACCAGUCUGUCUACUCUCUGGCUGUAGCAAUAUACAAACUGCCUUACCUUGUAUUACUUAGAAGUUUAAGGGGCCCUCCUUCCUCUGAGUUUUGCUCACUGAGUGAUAGUAUCAUCAGCCUGUCUGUGUAUUAAGACUGGCAGACAGAACCUUCUUUAACCAGAAGCCAUCCACCUAAAGGAGGACUGAACCAUGUCUUUAUCAGCAGGGUUCUCCCCUUCAAAGACUGAAACACUGACCAUCUGAUAGGACUGCACCAUGACAAACCAGGGGGGUGAAGACUGGUCCAUCUGAUAGGACUGCACCAUGACAAACCAGGGGGGUGAAGAUGGACGCAGAUCUCUGGCUGGUCUAUAGACCUAACCUGUCUGUCUACUCUCUGGCUGGUCUAUAGACCUAACCUGUCUGUCUACUCUUUGGCUGGUCUAUAGACCUAACCUGUCUGUCUACUCUCUGGCUGGUCUAUAGACCUAACCUGUCAGAUGUUUGAUAAGCUCAACAAUGAUAAUACUGUACCGUGUCAGGAUUAGGCCGAUGUUGCUGUUGUCACUGUGCUAGUUUAGCAACUUCCUCCCUCAACUUGCCUCUGACUAGACUUAACGCCAAUGUUUCCCAACUCCAGUUCUCAAUUACCCCCAACAUGACACAUUUUUAUUGUAGCCCAGGACAAGCACACCUGACACCUCUUGUCAACUAAUCAUCAAGCCUGGGGCUGUUUUUCAUGGUUCGGGCUAGACCCUUUAGUUUAAGUGAAGGGAAAUCUUAACGCUACAGCAUACAAUGACUUUCCAGACUAUUCUGUGCUUUCAACUUCGUGGCAACAGUUGGGGGAAGGCCCUUUCCUGUUUCAGCAUGACAAUGCCCCCCAGUGCACAAAGCGAGGUCUAUACAGAAAUGGUUUGUCGAGAUCGGUGUGGAAGAACAUGACACCAACAACCACAUACCAUUGAACACCUUUGGGAUGAAUUGGAACGUUGACUGUGAGCCUGAAGGCCUAAUCGCCCAGCAUCAGUGCCCGACCUCACUAAUACUCUUGUGUCCGAAUGGAAGCAAGUCCCUGCAGUAAUGUUACAACAUCUAGUGGAAAGCCUUCCCAGAAGAGUGGAGGCUGUUAUAGCAGCAAUGUUCCAACAUCUAGUGGAAAACCUUCCCAGAAGAGUGGAGGCUGUUAUAGCAGCAAUGUUCCAACAUCUAGUAGAAAGCCUUCCCAGAAGAGUGGAGGCUGUUAUAGCAGCAAAGGGGGGGACCAACUCCAUAUUAAUGCCCAUGAUUUUGUAAUGAGAUGUUUGACAAGCAGGUGUCCAUACUUUGUCAUGUACUGUACAUACACUGAGUAUACAAAACAUUAAGAACACCUGCACUUUCCAUGACACAGACUGACCAGGUGAAAGCUAUGAUCCCUUAUUGAUGUCACCUGUUAAAUCAACUUCAACCAGUGUAGAUGAAGGGGAGGUGACAAGUUGAAUGGGCAAGACAAAAUAUUUAAGUGCCUUUGAAUGGGGUAUGGUAAUAUGUGACAGGCUCACCGGUUAGUGUCAAGAGUUACAACACUGCUGGGUUUUUCACACAACAGUUUCCUGUGUGUGUCAAGAAUGUCCUACCACACAAAAGACAUCCAGACAAUUUGACACAACUGUGGGAAGCAUUGGAGACAUCAUGGAGGCCAGCAACCUUGUGAAACGCUUUCAACACCUUGUAGAGUCCACCCCCAACCGACUGAGGCUGUUCUGAGUGCAAACAGAGGGAGGGUACUAGGAAAGAGGUCAUGUUUGGUUUACUCAAUGUAUCGCUAUGCAGAUUUUUAAGGCAAUUUCUGAUUGAGCCGACAUAUGUAACGUUUGCUCUGGAUAAGAGCGUCUGCUAAAUGACUUAAAUGUAAAUGUUACCUGUGAAUGGGAUAUCAGUAAUUGCCGGUACAUACCCAUUAAAAAGAGCCACAAUGCCCAUGACCUACAAUCAGAUUGAAUCUCAGUGUAUUUUUCAUACAAUCAAGUCAAUAUCAGUCAAGGUGUCAGCCGCUAGGUAAGGAUGUAUGAGUGAGUUAUAACAGGUCCAAAAUAAAAAACUGUGGCUUGAUUUUUUUUCCAAUAAAAAAAUCAAAAUAAAUUUGCUAUGUGUAUGAGUCAA